AUGAUGAGGCUCACAGCCAAGGCUGCGGCGCCGUCAUGGCACCUGCUGCUGCUGUCGCUGCUGUGGGUGCUGGCGCUCGCAAAGGACGAGCCGAAGCUGUCCGUCACAAAGUUCGACAACCCUCCGCUGGGCCUUUCCUACUUCGAGGACAGCGACGUCGUCGUCUUCCACGAUGUCGAGGAGGGCAUCAUAUACCGGUCCAAGGACGCCGGAGCCAAUUGGGCCAAGGUCGAGGCGAUCCCCAAGGGCGAUGCCUUUCUGCUCGUCACACACCCUUUCGACUCCGAAAUGGCCUACGUCCUGACCGCGGGCAAGACGCACUACAAGUCGGAAGAUCGAGGCCAGACCUGGACCAAGUUCGAGACCCCGGUGGUCCCCAGCCGAUUCCAGCCCGAGAUCAUGGUGUUCCACGCAGACGACCCGAAGCGAGUCAUCUUCAACGGCAUGGAGUGCGACGGCAUCUUCUGCGACGAGCAAGCUUCCUAUACGACGAAUAACUUCAAGACGGUCGAUUUGCUGCGUGCCUUUACGGCCGGCUGCUGGUGGGCGAAGCUGUCCCCGGAGUUCACCACCGGCGAUAGGGAUCUGGACCAGAAGAGAGUGCUUUGCAUCAUCAAGGAUCCCUUUUCACUCUUCGUCGAAGACCAGCGACUCGUCAUCUCUGACGACUUCUUCGCCGUGGUGAACAAGGAGGUCCAGGAGUUCGAACCCAACAUGGACACCAACAAGGGAGUGGGUGGCGUUGCCAACAUCGCCGUCGUCAAGAGCUACCUCCUUGUAGCUACCUCGUCCUUCCAGAGCGACGAGAUGGCCCUGUACGUGACCGACGACACUCUCAAGUGGCACCGCGCCAUGUUCCCGACCAGCGACAACCACGACCACUCGCACCAGAUCAACCAAGAGGCCUACACCGUUCUCGAGAGCACAAACUACAGCAUUCAGAUCGACGUCAUGACCUCCUCGCCCUCCAACCCCAUGGGUGUUCUCUUCACAAGCAACUCCAACGGCACAUACUUCACCGAAAACGUCCCGUACACCAACCGCAACAGCAAGGGGCACGUCGACUUUGAAAAGGUCCAGGGUAUUCAGGGCAUCUUCAUCGUCAACGUGGUAGAGAACGGCGCCGAUGUCGACACCAAGGGCGCCGAGAAACACAUCGUCACCCAAAUCUCCUUUGACGACGGCCGAACCUUUGAGGAGAUCAAGGCCGGUGGCGAUCGCAUCCACCUCCACUCGGUUACCGAACUCGAUAACAUGGGAAGGGUAUUCACGAGUCCGGCACCGGGGCUUGUCAUGGGCAAUGGCAACACGGGCAAGGCGCUCGGCAAGUUCGCCGACGCCAAUCUAUACGUGUCCGACGAUGCCGGCAUGACGUGGAAAGAGGCCUUGAAGGGGCCUCACAAGUACGAGUUUGGCGAUCAAGGAUCGGUCCUCGUUGCCGUUCAAGAUUCAAAGGAAGACGAUGUUUCCGAGUUUGCAUACUCCCUGGACCAUGGCGAGAAGUGGGAGACGGUCACUCUGCCCAAGAAGCUCGCCAUCAAACCAGCCGUCCUUACAACGACACAAGAUUCCACCAGUCUCAAGUUUCUUCUCAUUGGCAUGAAGGCAAAUGCCUACUAUACGAUUGCCAUUGAUUUUUCUACUCUGAAGAAGCGGACUUGCGGGGACAAUGACCUUGAGGAUUGGUUCGCCCGCGUGGAUGACGAUGGGAAGCCAACCUGCAUCAUGGGACACAAACAGACGUUCCGCCGCAGGAAGAAGACGGCCGACUGCUUCAUCAACAGCAACUUCAAGGAUCCCGUCGCCAAGACGGAGGACUGCGAGUGCACCGAUGCCGACUUUGAGUGCGACUACAACUUCAGGAGGGAUCCAGACGACAACAAAGUGUGCAAGCAGGUCGGGCCGCUGGUGGCGCCCGACGGUGCCUGCAAGAGCGAGUCCGAUACCUUCAAGGGCUCCUCUGGCUGGAGGCUUAUUCCCGGCAAUACCUGCAAGCGGACCAAGGGUGCACAGAAAGAUGAUCCGGUCGAGCGCAAGUGCUCUGACGCCUCCGUCCCGAGCACGCCGGCAAACGGCGAUGUGACGAGCAAGCAAUUCAUCUUUGACACCAAGCUUCAGGAUUUCCAAAAGAUCUACCUCGACAGGAGUGACUCCAGUUCAUCUGACGACGAAACCGUCAUUGUCAGGCCCGCCGAAGACGAAGGGGGCGGCCGAUACAAGAUUGAGCAAAAGAUUUGGUUGUCCAGUGACCACGGCAAGAGCUUCAAGCGCAUCUUGGAGGGCGAGAAGAUCCAGGGAAUCUAUCCCCACGCAUAUCUCAAGGACUUGGUCUAUUUCACUACCGGCAGCGACAAGGUCAUCUACUCCCUCGACCGCGGUAAGAGCUUUCACAGCUUCAAGGCGCCAACCGACCCCGAGGAUCGAUUUCCCCUCAGCUUCCACCCGGACAAGAGAGACUGGCUCAUCUGGGUCGGCCAGACCUGCGACAAAGUCGGGGGCAAGGAGACGUGUUUUAGCGAGGCAUCCAUCUCUCUCGACCGCGGCGACAACUGGAAGACGAUGCUUCGCUUCGCCGAGAGGUGCGAGUUCACCGGCCACUCGGCAUACAACUUCCGCUCGCAGAGGCAAAUCGUCUGCCUUGCCAGGGAAGAAGAGAACAGCGAUGCGCCGCUGACCAUCAUGACCAGCGACGACUUCUUCCAGGAGGACAAGUUCGUAUUCAAGGAUUCCGUCACCAACUUUGCCACCAUGAACGAGUUCAUCGUCGUGGCCGGCAGGGAUCCCGAAACCGACGACAUGCACGCGCUCGCCAGUCUGGACGGCAAGCACUUUGAGAGGGCUCACUUCCCGUACAACUUCCACGAGGGCCACGAGAACGAGUACACGCUGCUUGACAGCUCAACCCACGCCAUCAAUCUGUUUGUCCGUACCGAGGGCGGCGCCGACCGCGAGUAUGGCUCCAUCAUCAAGAGCAAUUCCAACGGCACGUCAUACGUUCUCAGCGCGUCCAACGUCAACUGCAACGAGGAAACGUAUGUCGACUUUGAAAAGGUUGCGGGUCUUGAAGGAGUCGUCUUGAUCAACGUCGUGACAAACACAAACAAGGAGCAGAAGACAAAGGAUCUCCAGACCAGAAUCUCUCACAACGACGGGUCCGAAUGGGGUUUCCUGCCGCCGCCCGCCAAGGACGUGGAUGGCAAGGCCUAUCCCUGCAGCAGCUCCAAGGGAGACGAGUCGUGCGCCCUGCAUCUGCACCACUACACCGAGCGAGACGACAAGAGAAAGACCUUUGCCGCCGCUACGGCUGUUGGUCUCAUCUUUGGCGUCGGCAACGUCGGAUCCAAGCUUGGCGACAUUAAGGACUCGGACACCUUCAUGUCAACCGACGGCGGCGUCUCCUGGAAGAAUGUCAAGAAGGGAAGCUGGUCGUGGCAGUACGGAGACCAGGGCUCGAUCAUCGUCCUGGUACAGAGGUACACGCGCAACAACCAGGUCAAGACUCGCUACGUCUCAUACUCGACAGACGAGGGCAACACGUGGAAGGACUUUGAGUUUGCCGACUCGGACGUGGCCGUCCUCGACAUUACGACCCUGCGAUCGGGCACGUCUCGCAACUUUUUGCUCUGGUGUCGAUCCGGCCGAGGCAGGCUCUUCUCCGUGAACCUGGACUUUUCUGGUUUGGCCGACAGGCCUUGCGAGCACACCAAGAGCGGCGACUCUGAUUAUUAUCUGUGGUCUCCCAAGCACCCCUUGCAGGAUGACGACUGUCUCUUCGGGCACGUCUCCAAGUAUCUGCGGAAGAAGAAUGAUCGCCAGUGUUACAACAAGCAGAAUCUCCAGCGACUUUACGAGCACGAGGACUGCCCUUGCAGCCGACGAGACUAUGAAUGCGACUUUAACUUUGAGCUGGACAACCACGGGCAGUGCAAGCUAGUCAACGGCUUCACCCCCCUUUCAGGCGACGAGUGGUGUGAAAAGCACCCCAACGCCACGUCGUACUUUGAGCCGACGGGCUACCGAAGAGUUCCGCUGUCAACGUGUCGCGGCGGCAACGAGCUCGACAAGACGUCGACAGAGCACCCGUGCAAGGGCCACGAAGACGAGUUCGAGAGGAAGCACAGGACGUCCGGCGUUGUCAUCUUCUUCGCCGUCGUGAUCCCGUUUGUCCUGGCCGGCAUCAUGGGCUGGUACGUGUACCGCAACUGGAACGGCAAGAUUGGGCAGAUCCGGCUGGGCGAGAAUUCGUCGACCUUUGACAGCGACCAGCCCUGGAUCAAGUACCCCAUCAUCGCGGUGUCUGCCGUCGCGGCGGUCGUUGUCUCUUUGCCGGUCAUGCUGUCCAGCUUGGGCCGCUUGGCGAGCAACUCCCUCGGAAGAUUCGGCCAGAGGAGCGAUCGGAGCUGGUUCUCGAGGGGGACGAGGAGGUUUACGACGCGGGAUAGCUUUGCGCGUGGGCGUGGGGAGUAUUCCAUUGUGGACGAUGAAGGGGAGCUACUCGGUGAGGAGAGCGACGAGGAGGUGUGA